GGCACUGCGGUGCUGCCCUUCCAUUCGCUGAUUGGUCAGGCUAGACGUCAGUGAAAUCUCAGUACGUCCCCAUUCGUCCUACCCUGGAGGAAUUCUGCAUCAUGAAAAUGAUUGAGAAUGUUGACUCUGUAGUGACUAGGUCAAGCCAGGACCUCUGGGCUGAAAUCUGUUCAUGUCUGCCAGAUCCAGACCAAAAAGACGACUUUAGUGAUUCUUUUACAGAUUCCUUCACAGAUUCUUACAUCAGUGGAGAAAGCCAGGAUGAAGAACCAGGUGGUUCUUUCCAAGCAAACCUGAAGCCCUGGGCACCUCUGAAAGAUUCAGAGAUAUAUUUAGCAUCACUAGAGAGAAGACUGAUGAGAAUUAAGGGUUUGUCUCAGGAAGUGACCUCCAAGGAUAUGCUGCAUACUCUCGCCCAAGCAAAGAAGGAAUGCUGGGAUAGGUUCCUGCAGGAAAAGUUUGAGUCUGAAUUUUAUGUGGAGGGACAUGAAUCUGAAGAGAGCACCCUGGAACAUUUAAAGCGGUGGCUGCAGCCUGAUAAAGUGGCAAUCAGUACUGAAGAGGUACAGUACCUGAUUCCCCCAGAGUCCCAUAUAGAGAAGCAAGAAACUGGGCAAGAGUCUCCAGCAGCAGAACAAUGAAAUGCACUCCAACCAUGCAAAGCAGCUGUCCAAGGACUGAUGGAGCUGCAUUCAGUGGCAGUAAUAAAAGGGUAGGAUGAGGAAAUUGCCAAUUUUUGGUCAGCAAGGGAAAGAGCUAUGGACAUCCAGAGGAUAGAAUUGCAUGUGUUAUCGACAUGAGUGAAGUGUCCUGCAACUUUGUGCAUGCUGGACUUAAAUCUUGUUUUUAUCUACGUGGUUUUCCAUCUUGUAGCAAAACAGUCAUUCCAGUUAAAAAAAAUAAAUUUGUAAUUCACUGAGGUGAUUACUGAACAAAAAGGGUGAUAUCCUAGAAUAGCGCAGCUAAUAACUCAGAAGACAGACAUUUCUUCCUCCUUUCUUGUACCCUCACUUUGUGGCUAUAUCUUUCCUGUUGCUAGCUUCACGGGCUUUACUCGUUGAUCUGUUACAACAAUUCCGCUGUAAAGUUAUCUGUAAAACUCCACAAUUUGUGCUUGAGUUGGCGCUAAACUGUAUCCUGGAGAGAUGAGAAACAUUUGUCCUGUUUGGAUUUGGUGCAAACUAAAUGGGAUCCUACUCUCCAAUGAUAAUUACCAAAGCCUGUUUAACAUUCUUCUCUUUAUAAUGUACCAGCCUGGAAUAUCACAUUUAUUGGACCUUCAGACAGUCUUGUAUGAAAAGUGUUCCUCUACUUUUUUUCUUCUGUUCGAUUUGUUUUUUCCCCCCCCCCUAGAGAGGG